ACCAAGUCAUCGUUAUAAGGCAUCGCCCUCUUUUGCCCACCCCCCCAGCACCAGGUGUGGCCACUAGCCUAUAUGAAGGCCCAAAAUUGUGUGUUCCUUUCUGCUCUGACAAUGGCAUGCCCAUUCGUGCGAGAUGUGGUGGAUGAAGAAGCACUUGUGCUGAGGAGAGCCUUCAGGCGAGAAAGGGUCUUCAGGGACCGGUUGGACCCACUGGCCUUCCCUGAUGACCAUCUAUAUGAAAGAUACAGGUUUUCUGCAGAUGGCAUCAGGUAUCUAUGCAGACUACUGGGUCCCAGGAUUAAGCACCGCACUGCACGGAGCCAUGCACUGAGUGUGGAGCAAAUGGUUUGUGUGGCCUUGCGCUUUUUUGCUAGUGGAGCCUUCCUGUACUCAGUGGGGGAUGCAGAACCGCUGAACAAGGCCACAAUUUGCCGCACAAUAAGGAGUGUGUGUCUGGCUAUCAAAGCAUUAGCAGAUGUCUUCAUCUCCUUCCCUGGCCACAGAAGACUCUGUGACAUCAAAGAGGAGUUCUAUAGGAUUGCAGAUGGUCUGCAAUGCUGACUGUGUGAUCAGCAAUGUUGUGGCAAAAUGGCCUGGCUCAGUCCAUGACUCCAGAAUCUUUCGGGCCUCUGAAAUCUAUCAGUGCCUAUCACAAGGUGAAUUCUCUGGUGUGUUGCUGGGAGACAGGGGGUAUGGCUGCCAGCCUUUUCUCCUGACACCUUUCACAGACCCCCAGGAAGCACAGCAGGCCUACAACCAUGCCCAUGCCAGGACCAGGGCCAGAGUUGAAAUGACCUUUGGCCUCCUGAAGGCACGCUUUCACUGCCUUCACAAAUUAAGGGUCAGCCCUGUUAGGGCAUGUGAUAUUACUGUGGCUUGUGCUGUCCUCCACAAUGUGGCCUGCCUGAGGAAGGAGAGGGCCCCCAGAGUGCCACCAGCCAUGGACUGGGACAAUCCGGCAAUCUUCCCUGAUGACGACAGUGGUCGGCUGCUGAGGGACCAAUAUGUGUUGAAUUAUUUUAGUUAGUAUGUGUGCUUUCAAUUUUGGUUAAAUAUGUCCUGCGGUGGCAGAGGAAUUUGGUUUUUUUUGGGUUCGUUUUUUUACGAAUUUGGCCUCUUAUGAUGUUUGUGCGGUAUACUGUGUGUAAUACAAGGCUGCAGGGAGGCUACUGCAUCCAUUCAUUUGUCUGUUCAGUUGAUGUGUAUGGAUUUGUCCUGCAUUUAUUUUAGUGUGCAGACAUGCAGGGUGUGUUAUAUACAGACCUUUGAAUGUGUAUGUAUCAUUUUGUAUAAUAUGCUUGGAUUCUGUGCUUUCCAUCUUGUAGAGUCACUGUGACUUCAGUUUCGAAAGGAGCUGAUGGUUUACCUGCUUUGUUUUGUCCUUAUUCAAUAAAGGAACAUAAUGUUA